AUGAGACCAAACAACAUCCUAGUAACCCAUGAAUUUGAACCACUGUUGGGAGAUUUUGGCUUGGCAAGAACUCAACAUGAAGACUCAGAUCAUUCAUCAGAGACAGUAACAAGAGUUGUUGGAACUCUAGGAUACUUGGCACCAGAAUACGCAGAAUGCGGCAAAGCGUCAACCAAAACAGAUGUUUAUUCCUUUGGAGUGGUCCUGUUGCAGCUCAUCACUGGAAUGAAGACGACAGACAAAAGACUCGGAGGGAAAAGUCUUGUUGGAUGGGCAAGACCACUACUAAAAGACCGAAACUACCCAGAUUUAAUUGACCCCAGGAUCAUACAGUCGCAUGAUGUCCAUCAACUCUUCUGGAUGGUUCGAGUAGCUGAAAAGUGUCUCAGCAAGGAUCCUCAGAAGAGAUUAUCAAUGGAUAAGGUGGUUUAUGCUUUACAGUACAUAAUGGAUUGUGAGAAAACUUGUAGCAUCAGAAACCAGUCACCUGCACAUUCAGAUACAGUGAGCAAAGACUCCUCAGAGUCACAGUCACAAUCUCCCUAUAAUGAUGAUUCAAGCUUUACAAUAGAAACUACCUCAGAAAGUAGCCUGAGUCAAUUCAGUGGAAGACUUCCACGUUCACCUUCUAUUUCAAGAAAAUCAAGUGCAGCCACCCUUUUUAGUGAAUUGGCAUCCGACAGUUGGAGUAGUCAUGAAAGAUAUCUAUGA